UUACUGGCACACGGGUCAGUAGUGUGGUGCUGAGGGGGGCCUAGCAGCGCAGAGGCUGUCUGAAAACACGUACACAUCCCGACUGGCUCCACGGCACAGGCGCUCUCAGCGUGAAAACUUUGUAGCGCACAGGCAAAGUGCCACGCAACGAGAGAGGCCCACCGAGUCGACUUUUUUGCAGCGACCUUGGAAAGAAAGGGAAAGUCAAAACAAAGACAACCGCCAUAACCAGCAGGAGAAACUCUCAACGUGAAGAAGGAAUAGCUUAGCAACAGAGUCCCACUUCCUGAGGUGUACAGGAUCGAGCUCCUAACACCAUGGAUAUGGACACGCAGCCACAAGGACAGCAAGCAGCCGUGCCAGUGUUUCAACCCCAGAAACCAUUGCAGCCAGAUAUGGGCCACAAUUCACUGGCUAACUUCCAGAUCGAAAAGAAGAUUGGACGUGGCCAAUUCAGUGAGGUUUAUCGAGCAAGAUACCUGUUAGACAACACAUCAGUGGCCCUGAAGAAAGUUCAGAUAUUCGACUUGAUGGAUGCCAAAGCUCGGCAAGAUUGCAUCAAAGAGAUAGAUCUCCUUAAGCAAUUGAACCACCCCAAUGUGAUAAAGUACCAUGCUUCUUUUAUUGAGGACAAUGAACUGAACAUAGUACUGGAGCUAGCAGAUGCUGGGGACCUCUCUCGUAUGAUCAAGCACUUUAAGAAGCAGAGGAGGCUUAUCCCAGAACGAACAGUGUGGAAGUACUUUGUCCAACUCUGCAGUGCGCUUGAACACAUGCACUCCCGGAGAGUCAUGCACAGAGAUAUCAAGCCAGCCAAUGUAUUCAUCACAGCUACUGGCGUAGUGAAACUGGGAGACUUGGGGCUGGGACGAUUCUUCAGCUCCAAAACAACUGCUGCUCACUCACUAGUGGGUACUCCUUACUACAUGUCACCAGAGAGGAUACAUGAAAAUGGCUACAACUUCAAAUCUGACAUCUGGUCACUAGGAUGCCUGCUCUAUGAGAUGGCAGCCUUGCAGAGUCCGUUCUAUGGGGAUAAGAUGAACCUCUACUCGCUUUGUAAGAAGAUAGAACAAUGUGACUACCCCCCUCUUCCCUCAGAUCACUACUCAGAGGAGCUGAGGAACUUGGUAGAUAUGUGCAUCAACCCCGACCCGGAGAAGAGGCCGGACAUCACCUAUGUGUACGACAUUGCCAAACACAUGCAGAACAUGACACAGGGCAGUUAAGCCCAGAGUUAGACACACUAUGCCUUGCAGAACUCCUCCCAACAUCCCCUCUUGCUUUUCAUGCUGGACUCAUAAUAAACCUUUCAGCUUAUUUUCAGAGCAUAGCUCUGGAGUAAGUAGUACAUGUACAUGUAACAGAUUUUUAUUGUCAUGGAGAUGGUAUAGUCUAUAACAUGACUGACACCCUAACCUUUUCUGCCCUAGGAUAAAGAUUAUAGAGAUUAUACUUUUUUUGUCCAUGAAUCUCCCAUUCCUUAGACUUCAGUAAUGUUAUUACACUGAAAAUCAGUGUAUUGUAGCUCACUGAUGUGUUGCUAUGGCUUUAAAAAGCAUGUCAUUUUUUCAUGUAGUGAAGUAAAACUGUCCUUCAGCAGCUGCUACUAGCAGAUAUACUGAUAGAAAGCAGGUAUACUGGAGACAGAUAAAAUUUGGAAAAUUAUAACGUUCAGUGUUUUUUAGUUAAACAGUUAGUCGUUGCAACUAUGACAAAAUAUCACCUUGUAAGCUUAUGGUGUGUCAUAUUAGACCUGUAGUUAUCAAAUGGCACAGGGAAAGACCAUGAAAACUUUUAGCUAAAAUUGGAGUGAAAAGACUUUCACUCAAUAACAGCAAAUCUGAGACGCAACAGAGUGUAACUGAUGGUAGAAGUGUUGUUGUGUUGCACUUUUUACGCUGGUACUGGAAGGCUAGCAGGGUGAUCAUGUCUAAUGAAUGUAUUAGAAAAGGAAGGAUCAUUGUAGAUGGUAGACUAGAGACGUGCUAGGGGGAGAACAUGGGCAAAUGUCUCCACAACACUUUGAAUGUAAGUCAUUUUGACACCUAUGUAUUGUCUUUGAAAAAUUCAAAAUGCGUCUUUUUUGACAGCCUAGAAGGCAUGGGAGCUUGUAACAAAAGCAGUUUUACAUUCUCUGUUUACCGUAGUCACUGACACCAAAAUAUUUCAUCCUUAGUUCAACUUAGGCAAGGUAUACUGUUAUUGCAUAAUGUGAGGUUUUGUAGAGCUGGUAAAAUCACAUAAAUCAAAGUUGAACCACAUAGUUCUCCAUCGUGGUUCAAUGGAUGCAUUUGACCCACCAGAAAUGUGGUCUAACUAGACAAAAUGGUUUUAUAACGGUGUGUUAAUAAGCCAUUUACAAUGUAUUACCAAAUGGUUAAUUUGACAUUUAAAGGCCUUAAAAGAUGUUGGAUAACAUUAGUAGGUUGCACACAAAUAUUUAGAAAUGUGGUAAUAAACCAUUUACAAUGUAUUACCAAGUAGCAUUGUAAAUGCUGAAUUUAUGCAUAACACACAUUUAUUUAUGGUAAACCUACCAUCAAAAACAGUAAAAAGGCAAAUAAACUUGUGAACGUAGAAGGGAUUAUUUACAAAAGCAAUAAUGAUCUGUGUAUUAACAGUGAAAUGAUCAACAACUAAUGCAUUUAUUACAUCUAUUUUAUCAAUUUGAUAAUUGAUAAAUGAAAACAGUCUUCAUUCUUUCAUUUAUUCAUCUAGAUAUUUAGAUAUAUAUGUAUAGAUAUAUAGACAUAGAUUUAGAGAGAUGGAUAGAGAUGGAAAUAAAUGGCUACAUAGGCAGUAUUUCCAGACUUGAGAUCAGAAAUUGUCUCUUCAAACCUGUAGUCUUGUAUCCACUAUUUUGUGAUAAAGAAGGUUACAUUUUCAAGUUUAAUACAUUGUAUUGUUACUUAGAUUACUUUUACACUUGGAGGAUAUGCAGUACUUGCUUUCAAAUAUAGAGCUGCAAAAUAACUCAAGCUGAUAAAAUAGGUGUAGUAAAUGAAUCGAUUAAGCAUUUACAAGAUUUUUCAAGUGUCUUACAAACAUAAAUAAUCUACUCAUGUUAUAUAAUUGCUUUUAAGGGUUUGUGCAUGUAAACGUAACCGUUGUGUAAAUGAUUUAUUAACAUACCUUAUUAUAAAGCGUUACCACCUGUGCAAGUUGCAGUUUGUGUCUUUUUAAGAAACAAAUAUCAGAUAAUAGAUCCUUUCCUUAUGUAGCCGUCUAUGCUAGGAAACCAGAGUGUGCCUAACUUAUGUCCUCAGUUGAGAGGAAAUAAGACAAAAAUCAACAUCCAGAGCAACUUAUAUAUACAGAAAAGUGUAUGAAAAGUAUAUCAAAGACUUGGUCUAAAAAAAAAGGAAAAAAAAAUCAAUGGGACUAAUUUAGUUUUACUGUACAUAGCGAAGAAUAAAACCCUCCCUGAAUGAAUAAAGGGUUCCAGUGACCUGUUAUGCAUUCAGAAGGGUUUUUGUUUGUUUGUUUGUUGUUUUUCAUUUUUACAGUGAAUAGGUUUACACCAGUGGGUCACAAGUGGUCAGCGCUGACUAUCACUGGUUUACAUAAUAACAAUGACACAACAUCGAAGGUAUAGUAGGUAAACAAUGAUUGCUUUCUUUCAGUGUCUUAUGAAUUCUCUUUAACAUUGUCAAGUAGCCUGUUAGCCCUUCAUUGAAAUUGUAUGCCCACUGUUUUUACAGAUUUCUUUUUUUUAAUUAACAUUUGAUGUCAUUAACAUGUUAUAUACAACAUCAAAGCUUAUAGGUGUAGGAAAAUGUAAGUUAUUUUGUUUUGGUUAACAGAAUAUUUUGAUAGUAUGUUGGUAGCUACUUGUCAGAAACUUGCAGAGACAGUGUUGGCAAUUUUUGUUAGUAAUUGUACACCUUGUCCUAGAUUUACUUUUUUUCUUUUGCUUUUCAUUCCCACAGUGACAAAACCGUUUUUCCCCAUUUCAGUAAUUAUCUUAAUUUUUCAUCAUCUUCGCCCCCAGUAGUAAUCUUCUAUCUUUAUGUUCUCUGAACGACAACAUCUGUAUAGCACCAAAACGUUUCAGUAUUUUGUUGGAUUUACAGUGAAGCGAUUGCUUUAAAGCACUUUUUAGAUAUUUUAGUUUUGAUGCUAUACAGAAUUCCCUGCUAGUUUUAAGCAGAAACAUACCAAAAAUAGAUUCUUAAAUGGUUUAAGGGAAACAGAUUCUAAUGUUUCAGAUUUUCUUUUAAGCAUAUUUAAAUAUAGCACAUGAUGCAAUGAUAAUGGCUUUAAAAUGCAUUCACAUCAUGGCCUUUGGCUUUAAAAUGCAUUCACAUCAUGGCCUUUGGCUUUAAAAUGCAUUCACAUCAUGGCCUUUGGCUUUAAAAUGCAUUCACAUCAUGGCCUUUCGCAACACCAAAGUACCACAGUUACAAGGAUUAUGGCUGUAUCUGUGCAGGAAUGGUUGUGUUUUCUGUUUUUGACAAAAGUGUAGAUCCUCACUCGGGGGUUGUUUAAUACACACAAGUGCUACGUCACUUUAACAAAUAUGACUUUCUUGAUUUUAUUAUUUUUUUUCCAAUGUAUGACAGUGCUCCAGUGUGUCCCAGCCCUUCUAGCGUAGCCCAGUUUGCUUUUAUGCAUGCCCUUCGAAAUCGGUAGCAAAGAGUCCAGGUGUUGUCCAGAAAGUGAAAUAUCGACAAGUCAUAUUUAUUGUCUUGGUAGUUUAGCUGUUGUCUGAACAUUUCAUGUCAAAAUAAAUACCCACAUCACAAACACCUUGUAUGCAAACUAAAUGUAAUAAAGCUUUGAAAUUGC